AUGUACAUAAAAAAAUUCUCUUUUAUCAAUUUUAGGUUUGAUGAGGCACUGGGAGAUUUUAAGCAUGCUCUAAAUAAUUUACGAAGUAAUUCAGUGAUUGACUACACACAGUUGGGAUUGAGACACAGACUGUACACCUGGGAGGUUCUGUACAACUUGGCUGCAGUGUACAGCAGACUGGGCCAGUGGCUGGAGGCUCAGCAAACUCUGGAAGAUGCUUUACGAUUGAGGGCCAAAGGCACAAACACUGAACUGGACAGAGCACUGAGCAUGGUAAAAAGCAGUAAAACCUUUGAACCAAUUGAUGUGCCUGAAGGGAUUGUGUUCAGACCUCGCAAGCAUGAGGUAGAUGAGCUGAACUUGAAAGAUUUCCUGGGAACACCUAAGGUGGUCUCAUCCAUUGAUCCAAAUGACAGCUUCGCAGGAUUCAAGCCACUUUGCCCAUCGAAACUGGGGGAGCAAUUUGUCCGAGGAACAAGAGGGUAUCACCAGGUGCUGUUCAACUUUGUCCCGAAAACAGCAAGUGAGGUUGAAGCGAAAGCUGGGAGCAUUGUCUUUGUCUUGGAGAAUGGAGAAGACGGAUGGUCAACUGUUAUUGCGGACAAUAAGAAAGGGUUAAUUCCAACUACAUACCUGGAAGUGUGGGCUAGAAACAGAGGAAACAAGCUGAAGCAAGGGUCUGGAAAUGUUAUUCAGACCCCUCCCCACAUUCCAGCCAGCAGACAGACAGAAACUGAAGGAGAAACUCAUUCAAAGACUCUGUCAUCAGCAGCAGGAUCUUGGAAGGACUGCUCGCUUGCUGACUCCGUGAUAAUAAAAGUUCACUAUGAAUACACUCUAGCAACGAGGGUGAAGCCAGGAAUAUCGUACAGUGAAUUUGUGAACAUCUUCAAAUCCAAACUGGGCCGACAGUCAGGACAGAUACAGUUAAGUUACAAAGAGAAGGAGAAACAGGAAUUGGUGGAGAUUAGAGGAGAUGAAGAUUUAAACAAAGUGUGGAAUCAGAUUGUUGACAGACGCCUCACUCUGUGGUGCAAGUGCAAAGACCCUUUGUCUGGGCGUAAAGUUCUCUACCAAACACAGGCCCUCUAUGAUUAUAACGGACAUGGUGCUGAGGAUGUGGAGUUCAAUGAGGGCGAUAUCAUCGAUGUUCUGUCUGAGGUGAAUGAGGAGUGGCUGGAAGGACAUUCCAAUGGGAACAUUGGCAUCUUUCCCCGGUGUUUUGUCAGACCGAGGGGUUCAGCCAUAGUUGAAACCAGAAAGAUUGACCACUGUGAAGACUCUGUUCACAUGCAGGCUGUGGAAUAGAGAAGAAACGAAGUCAGAAUCUCUCUAGAGUGGAGACUGCGGGCUCAGCAUUUCCAAGAGUGCCCCCGUGUGUGGGUGGGAUCAAUGUUGGGUCUCAGGACUCAGGGGGAUAAACUGUCUUUGGAGGGGUCUUGAGAGAUGAUUCUGUCUCUGGCAUUAAAGAGCAAUUGAAAUUGUCA